AAAUCCAAACUGCAUACAUGUCACUAUGACUAUUCUCCGUUACUCAGUCCCAACUCUUCCCCUGAAAAAGCUCAUAAUCCCAUCAAAUUCAACAUUCGCAAACUCAGCUCUCUUCCACUUUCACUUCCACGCAAUGAAUUCCAUCGCAAAACCUUCAGCUUCAUCUUCUUCUUCUUCUUCCUCUUCAACGACAUCAAUCCACCAGGUUCCGGAACUAGACUCCGACGAAACACACCGCAUUGCCGAUCUAACCUUUCGAAGGUACUCUUCUUCAUCCUCUUCGGCUUCCAGGACUGGCCAAGGGACCGCCAUUCUUUGGUUCAGAAAUGAUCUCAGAGUCUUGGACAACGAAGCUUUGUAUAAGGCCUGGCUUUCCUCCGAUUCGGUUUUGCCCGUCUAUUGCGUCGAUCCUCGCCUUUUCGGCACCACCUAUCACUUCGGAUUCCCUAAAACUGGAGCCUUGAGAGCGCAGUUUCUUAUUGAAUGCUUGGCUGACCUGAAAAAGAAUUUGAUAAAGUACGGCCUAAAUUUGCUUAUUCGACAUGGGAAGCCCGAGGAAAUUCUCCCUUCUCUUGCAAAAGCUUUUGGAGCGCACACAGUUUAUGCCCAAAAAGAAACUUGCAGUGAGGAGUUGAAUGUUGAAAGAUUGGUCAGCAAAGGUCUGCAACAAGUGGUGCUACAAUCAUCUUCGGAGUCAAGAAGUAAUACUAACAACCCUAAGUUACAGCUUAUUUGGGGUACCACUAUGUACCACAUUGAUGACCUCCCAUUUGAUACUAGCAGUCUACCGGAUGUGUAUACUCAGUUUCGCAAGUCUGUUGAAGCCAAAUGCAAUAUCCGGAGCUGCAUUAGAACUCCAACAUGUCUUGGGCCGCCACCAAGCAUUGAUGAUUGGGGAUGUGUUCCUUCGAUGGAUCAGCUUGGAGUCUACUCACAAUCGCAAAAUGUUAGCAAAGGAAUGAAGUUUGUUGGGGGUGAAAGCGCAGCACUGGGCAGGGUGAAUGAGUACUUUUGGAGGAAGGACUUGCUAAGGAUCUACAAAGAGACCAGAAAUGGGAUGUUAGGACCAGAUUAUUCAACAAAAUUCUCUCCGUGGCUUGCUUCAGGAAGCCUCUCUCCUCGCUUCAUACAUGAAGAGGUGAAGAGGUAUGAAAAGGAACGGGAAGCAAAUAAUUCCACAUACUGGGUUUUGUUCGAAUUGAUAUGGAGGGAUUACUUCAGGUUUCUAUCAGUCAAAUAUGGGAAUUCCCUUUUCCAUUUAGGUGGUCCAAGAAAAGUGGAGCACAGAUGGAGCCAAAACAAGAAUAUGUUUGAGUACUGGAGAGAUGGACGUACAGGGUACCCCCUCAUAGAUGCAAACAUGAAAGAACUAUCAACCACUGGGUUCAUGUCAAACCGAGGACGGCAGAUAGUAUGUUCCUUUCUUGUUCGAGAUAUGGGUAUUGACUGGCGUUUGGGAGCUGAAUGGUUUGAGACAUGCCUUUUGGAUUAUGAUCCAUGUUCCAAUUAUGGAAAUUGGACAUAUGGAGCAGGAGUUGGGAAUGACCCUAGAGAAGAUCGUUACUUUAGCAUCCCAAAGCAAGCACAGACGUAUGAUCCUGAAGGUGAGUAUGUGGCAUACUGGUUACCGCAGUUACGAGCACUUCCAAAAGAUAAAAGGAACUUUCCUGGGAAGUCAUAUAUUGAGCAAGUUGUACCACUCAAGUUCAAGACUGUCAGUAAACACAGUAGUCAGGAUAUGGCUUUGGCUGCAAGACGAACCAAUUUUAGAGGGAGAAAAUAAAGGGGCAUGAUAGAUAAACUUGAAAAAGACAAAGAUACAGCACGUCCUGCUUCUAAUGUAUGAGUGAUGAGGAAUUUUUUUCAGUAAGCUGUUUUUCCUCAAUGCUGUUUAAUAUCUUUUAACUUCGACAACGUAGGAACGUAGACAUCAUAUUUCAUUUGCAAGCUUUCGAAUUCAUAUAGAUGCAAAUAAGUGAGGUUGUUGCAUUGAAUACAAAGGUUUUGUAGUUCAAGUAAGGGUUCAGAGGACAUUUUGCUGGAUUUUCUCUACCUCUAUUGUUGGUAACAUAGUAAGAUUUUGAUAUUGAGCAGUACAUCUUACAACUAAUAAAGCUGGUUUGUUUCCUUUAAGAAUAA